AUGACCGUAACAAAGUACCCUGAGUCUGAAACAGAUGUUCUCAUUAUCGGCGCCGGCCCUGCCGGCCUGAUGGCAGCAUAUUGGAUGGCUCGCUAUGGGGUGAAAGCUCGCAUCGUUGACAAACGCGCGGAGAAAGUGAUGCUCGGUCAUGCAGACGGAUUGGUGCCACGCACAUUGGAGCUGUUCGAUAGCUGCGGGUUCAACCAUCGGGUUCGGAACGAAGGGGUUGCAGCAGUUAUUUCAACUUAUUGGGGCCUCAACGAAGAAGGGAAGCUCGUGCGCCAAGAGCAUUCUGGCGAGAAUACGGAGUCGCGUAUGCCUUUCGUCCAUACACUUUUGGGACAAGGCCGGUUGGAACAAUUCAUUCUCGAUUCUAUUCACGAAAAUUCGUCUAUUAAAGUCGAGCGAGGUGUUGUUGCCGAGGGGUUGAGCUUUAAUGAACUGGACCAGGAGGAUCACAGUGCUUAUCCUAUCACUAUUCAACUUCGGACUCUCAAUUCUGAAAAGCCAGUCAAUGGGGAGACACAUGCGCAGAAUGGGCCGAUCAAGCUCGAAAAUGGUAUUGUAAAUCGCCAACCUUCCGACGAAUCGAAUGGUGUCCCACCGCAAAUCCAGAGGGAGGAAAAGGUCGAGAUUGUCAAAGCGAGAUACCUACUUGCAUGCGAUGGGGCGCGCAGUUGGACAAGAACCCAGAUGGGACUCCCAAUGGAAGGAUCAAGCACCGAAUAUGUUUGGGGCGUGGCUGAUGUUGUUCCUAUCUCCAACUUCCCCGACAUUCGCCGCUUAGCUAUGGUGGAGAAUGCGGCCGGUUCAAUCCUGAUAGUUCCCCGUGAACGAAACCUCAUGCGCCUCUAUGUGCCAAUGCCAAAGGGUCAAGAUACGCAGACACCGGACGCAGAAAACGGCACAACCAACGGUCGCCGUGACAAAUCUACAUUCACCCCCGACGACCUCCGAAAAAUGGUACAGGCAAUACUUAGCCCUUGGGAUUUCGAUUUCAAGAUUUGCGAGUGGUUUUCCGCCUAUGGCGUCGGUCAGCGAGUGGCCUCGACACUAUCUCGAGAGAACCGGGUCUUCCUUGCGGGCGACGCUGCCCACUCUCACUCGCCAAAGAUCGGAAUGGGAAUGAACAUGAGUCUACAGGAUGGCUUCAAUCUCGGCUGGAAACUGGCACUGGUGGCACAAGGAGCCGCCGAUCCUUCUAUACUGAACACUUAUAAUGCCGAGAGACUGCCUUUAGCGAAGAUGUUGGUCGAAUACGAUCGGCAAAUCUCGUCGCAAUUUACAAAAGACGAAAACGCGUCCGAAGACAUACAGAAGACGGACGCCCGCACGAUUCAUCAGGAAUUCGAAGAUUUCUACGAAGGACGCAAGGCGUUCUAUCCCGCCAGCAAUCUUGUCCACAAACUCAGCAGGCCUCGUCCCGGAGAGAAAUUCCCUGUUCGGAAGCUUCUCAACCAAGCCCGUCUUGAUACGAGAUGGACAACAAACAUAUUAGAAAGUGAUGGGCGGUUCCGACUUGUCGUUCUAGCGGGUGACAUACGUUUUCCGAUGCAAAAGGACCGUGUUGAUCAACUCGGCAGCGUCCUACCCUCCAUUCUCAACCGAUAUAUCGCACCCAUCAGCCAAUUUGACGGUCCGAUCAAUACUUUGACCAUCCACAGCAGUCCUUGGGACGAGGUCGAGUAUCACGAUUUCCCGGAGGUAUUGAGACCCUUCGAUGAAGUCAUGGGAUGGGCUUAUGAUCGUAUUUGGUCCGAGAGGGCAUGCACCUAUGACUCUGAAUGUGAAGGCAAAGCCUAUGAGAAGUGGGGAGUCGAUCUUGUUCGGGGUGCUGUGGCCAUUAUUCGCCCUGAUCAGUAUGUCGGAUGGGUGGGCGAAUUGGAGGAUACCGCGGGCAUGACGAAGUACUUUGAUCAAAUACUCAGGAAAGCCCCGACUGCGUGUAACGGAAACGCGGAGACUGAUUGA